GCUGGUUCGAUUCCAGCCGGAGACACAGAUUUCUUCGGAGCUUGGGUCAGGAAGGUAAUUCGGCUCUAACCGCUGUUCUGGCCUCUUGUGACAAAAGACCAGCCGAAAGUAGGUUUAGUUUUCAGGUGUUUGCCGUACACGGACUCAAAUAAGUGUAACGCCGUACAUCUGUCUCCUAGCAACAGAUACUUUCAACCAGACGCACAGCAUGGCAAAAUUUGUACUCGCCGGAAAAACAGACUGCCCUUAUUAUGCCAAAGCAGAGCUUUUAGCAGACGCUCUCCAGCAAGGUUUGCCAGACUUGAUGAUCCACAAGAUCUCCAUCCUCCCACAUGAGUGGAAGGAGUUCCUGGAGGCCACAUGUGAAAAAAAUGGCUGGGAACAUCAAGGCUCUCCUUUGGUUUGGAGGGAACUGGUGGAGCAAGGGGGCAAAGGGAUGCUCUUAGGGGGCUUCAGUGACUUCCUAGAGCACUGCCAGGAUUACUAUGGAAUCACGUCAGACAUGACCACAGAUGUGAUGCUGAGUGUUGCAGCAGAGAAUCUGGAGGCCAAGCUGAACCUCAUCAAAGAGGAGCAGCAUCGUGCCGGCCUUAUUCAGCCUCUUCACGUAUGGAUUAUUGGUCUGCUCUCCCCUGAGGUGUUCCCCAAGGUUUCUGCAAUCAGCCUCCAUCUACUGGACCUGGAGGGGAAUGAAGAGGAGUUGCAGGGGCUGAGGUUGGAGAUUGAGGGACUGGCAAUCAGUACGCUCCACCAGGUGACCACUCACACGGAUCUGGAGCGAGCCUUCAGGGAGGCGGAUGUCAUUCUUCUUCUGGAUGAUGGGGGGCACGAUAGCAAGAAUAAAGAUGAGGAAGUGAAGAAGAAAGUAAAGGCGAUCUCAGAACGCUACAGAGAAUACGGGCAACUGAUCGACACGAGAGCCAACAAGGAGGUGAAGGUGAUCGUGUCCGGUGACUCAUUUCUCAACCUGAGGUGCUCACUUCUUGUGGAUAGCGCACACUCCAUUGACAGCCACCAGUUUGUGGCUGCUGCAACUCAGCUAGAGAACGAAGCCAAGGCUGUAAUUGGGAAGAAGAUGAACGUGAGGGCAUCAGAUAUUACAGACGUAAUAGUGUGGGGAAAUAUCAGCGGUAUUUUCUAUAUUGACCUGCAGAGGGCAAAAGUUUUCAACUAUGACGGGCCAAUCACAGGACCGGCUUUCUUUUCCCAACCACUGCUGAAGAUUUUUCAUGACAGGAAAUGGUUGGAAACAGACUUUCAGCACUUGGUACACAGUCAGCGUGAAGCUGUGACUUCAAAGACCGGCCGAGUAGCUGCCACAUCAGCUGCCCAUGGGAUCCUCACGGUCUUGAAAGCUUGGAAUGGCACUUGCAGCCCAGAUGUUCUGUCUCUGGGUGUACUUUGCCCAGGACAUUACAAUCUCCCAGAUGGUAUUGUCUUCUCAGUUCCAGUUACCUUCACAGAUGGCAAAUGGUCUGUAAUGUUUGAUGUGUCCAUUGGAGAGGAACUCAGGCGCAGACUUCAGCUCUCAGCAAGUGAACUGCAGCAGGAAAAGCAGUUUGGAUCAGCGAGUUGCCCGAUUGAAUAAAGCUGUUGUUUGAAGCUACUCUGCUCAUUUCCAUGUCCAUUUUUUUUUUUAUUUUGGGACUCAACUGUAAUAGCAUUGC